UUGCCGGUCGUUAUGACAUCACGCGCGAAUGCUUCGAGCGCCGUAAAAACGUGCGAAAAGUAUCGUGAAAAUAAUUUACAUCAGUUCUACGUUAUUUUUAAGUGUCGCACAAACGUAUAUUGUCAAAUAUUUUAUUGUAGUAUAAAAAGUCCCAUCGACGCGUAAAAUAAUGCAGCAACACCGGGUAGAAACGCAAAUACUCCAUGAGGAGCAAAUCCUGGAGGCGAUAGAUCAGUUGCGUCGACGUAAGGCGCGACCUGAUGCUGAUCGUAUUUGCAACUAUUUACUAAGGAAAUUUUCUGUGGAUGCACGGGAUACGAUCGCCGAUCUUCAUCGGCUGAUCGAAGCGGAGAAAGUCAUUCAGGUUGAUUACAAGGGCAACACUAGUUAUCGAAAUGCUUCGAAAUGGUCCCGGUUGCAGCUUUACAAAAAUCGGCCGGAGGGUUUCGUAAAGGAGAAAUUGAACUCCGGGAUGGUGGCGGGUGCUGUCGCCGAACUUGUUGUCGAGGAGCCGGAUUACCUUGACCAAGGUGUACCAGCUUAUAGACUGAUUGAACAACUACUCGAUGGAGUCUCAAAUCCUACUUCUAGACGCAUGGUAGAAGAUUUUCUCGGUAAAGAAGUAGCCAGUGGUAAUUUGACGCGUCUCUCGAACGGCAAUUACUCGCUGGUGGCGACGUCUGACAUGACAACCACCACCGAGCCAACACAUCGAGAAUCUUUCACACUUGAGAAUGGAAAUGCGCGACGCAAGGAACUACAUACUGUUUCUUCAACUACAGGUGGUCUUUACGAUUUUGACGAGACAGAAAACCUGACGAUUACGGACUCUAGGUCGAACACACCGAGGUCUUCACGUCAAGCAAGCCCUAAGUCUGAUCCACAAAUUAGGAAGGAAGAAUGUUACGAAAUAAUCGUUGGAAGGAAUGAAAACACCGAAUCGCCGGUAGAACGCGAUUCUGUAAAGGAUCAGGAAUCGCAAGAACCGUCACAAACCUCCGUCGAAGAUGUUAAAGAAGAAUCGAAAAAUACGGACAACCAGACUCAUAACCUCAAAAGAUCGUCAAAAGGUGAGCGUAAACAGCGCCUACUUGUUCGAACAGACGAUCCUAUGGACAUAGAGAUCAAAUUUGAGGAUUAUCGAAAAGACAAUAAAGAUGAUGUAAAUUCGCAAAAAGAAAAGAGAGAAGAAACUGGACAUCUUAGUGAAGAACGUGAUGAUGAAGAUGCAGGAAGAAGUUCUACUAAUCCUUCACCUACACCCUCUAAUAAUAACGUUGGCGGUUUUCGUAGUGCUCGUAGAAAGAGAGCAAAAAAAGUAUUUGAUCCCUCUGACAAUAAUCUUGUAAAAAGAAAACGUGGAAGGCAGCCAGGUUCUCAAAAUAAGUCUUCUAUUUCUCAAGAAUCUCAGGAUUCUUCCAAAGUAACUGUUAAAGAUGGACCUUGUAGACAAUGUAGUCUUUGUGCCAAAGAAAAGCAAGAAAAUUUAGUUGCUUGCCGUGAUUGUACUGUACGAGCACAUCCAAGUUGUAUUUAUAGUCCAGAAGAAAUGAUUCAAAAGGCAGGUAGCAAUUGGCAAUGUGAACGUUGCAAGAGUUGUACAAUAUGUUGUGAAACUUCAGAUGCUGGACCAUUGGCAACAUGUUUUACUUGUGACGAAGCUUAUCAUUAUUAUUGUCAUACACCACGAAUAAUAAUUCCUAAAUCAAAUUCAAAAUGGCAGUGUAAUGAUUGUGUUCAGAAACAGUAUAAAACAAAUAUAAACCAGAAUAUUAGUCUGGUUACUAGCAGACCUGAUACACCAUCAAAUCCACCUGUUUUACCCCCAGUUUUAAGUCCUCAAGUUUCCCCUACCAGAGCAUCUUCUGAUCAAAUGGAAGAUGAUGGCCCAAGAGAUGGAAUUGAUCCAAAUAUACCUGAUGCAUCAGAUUGGACAUCUGAGCAAGUGUAUCAAUAUUUUGCAAGACUUUUCCCAAAAGAAGCAGAAGUGUUCAGACAUCAGGACAUUGAUGGCCAUUCUUUACUGUUAAUGAAACGAUCUGAUGUUCUGAGUGGACUUGAUCUACUUUUAGGGCCAGCAUUAAAAAUAUAUAGACAUGUGUUAAAACUGCAAGUGCGAAGGGAUGAUCCAAAACUCUAUUGGCUGUAA